AUGGAAGACAUAGCAGUAUACUGCUCCUGGGCUGAUGCGCAACUCAAUGCAGACCACUCAUUUGUCAAAGUACUUCCGACCGAAGUCCGAUCACUUAUUAUCAGAUCAACAACAGCAUCUCAGUAUUUGGAGACACUUGCCAGUGCUACUCGGGAACCUCGAUAUACAGAUGUGCUUUUCUCGCUAUACAAACCGCUCUUCCCCGAGCUGCUCGCCAGGUGGUCAACCCCUCCUCGCAGCACUGAUCUCACUGACACUAUCACCACCAUUUCAUGUCUGGCUCGGGUCCUGCCACUUGCGACGUAUCUGCGCCCUCAUGUCAAGUGGCUUCUUCGGUCAGACCAUCUGAGGCGUCAUCUGAUGAGUCUGAGGAGUGCUACCUCUGAGCUCCGUGACGACGAUGUCCAACAUACACUGCUACUCGCCGUCUUCCGCCUCCUCUCCGUUGACCGACGCAUCCUCGCCGACAUUGUCACUCCGGUCUUUUUCUCGUCCUUUUUACGUCAUCGCUCCUUGCCAGUCAGAUACCUGGCUGUCCAGUGCCUGUGCAUAACCAUGCAUUUUGCCGACGCUUUUUCCGAGACAAUGGUCAGGACGUACGUUGGCGAGGACGCCAUCUUGGGGGAAUGGGAGGGCCGGACGAUUGACUAUCGACUGCUGAAGCUUUGGGAAGAGAGACGUUGGAAUGAUCUGACCCGCGCACAUGCCGAGAUUGAAAAGUCGUGGAAUUCAUUACAGACGCCACCUUCGAAUGCUCCCAAGCUGCUUGCUGCAUGUUUCUCACCACGCCUCGUUCAUAUCGGUGGGGUUCUUCACUUACCCUUGGGCGACCACACGCAAAGCCUCUCUACGUCCUCUACUUCUUCAUUCAUCCCUACCAUCACGGCACAACACAAUUUACGUCAGCUUGGUGAGUGUUUGUUGGAUUCCCGACCGAUCCUCAUCCUGGGGCCGGCCAGUUCCGGAAAGACCUCGUUAGUGCACGAGGCCGCCAGGGCUCUAAAUCAAUCGUCGUCGAUGAUUACAUUGCAUCUCAACGAACAGACUGACGCUAAGAGUUUGUUGGGUAUACACACCUCUUCGGCGGAUGGCAAAUCUUUCACCUGGCAACCCGGCGUGUUGACCAAGGCCAUGCAACAAGGACGAUGGGUUCUGAUAGAAGAUAUUGACCGGGCACCUGGGGAGGUUAUGGGAGUGCUGCGUCCACUUCUUGAGAACGGUGAUCUCUUUCUGGCCAGCCGUAACGAAAGAAUAUCUCCGAGAGAUGGUUUUCGCAUAUUGGCAACUAUUGAGUCAAGCGAGCAGGCUUCCCCCGUCACAAAUUCUCGCCAGUCGUGGCUACUCAACCCCCGACUCUGGCGCACUGUCCAAGCGGCCGGCUACUCGCCUGAAGAGGUCGAGGCCUUGCUUCAUUCUCGAUAUCCUAAUGCUAGUGUUUUCAUUCCGACUAUUCUCCACAUUCACGGAAAUCUUCUUCGUCUAUACAAAGACAACUCUGCUCUGAAAAGACUCCAGACACGCAUGCCCUCUUUAAGAGACCUGCUCAAGUUGUUGAGAAGGAUGGUUCGCAGACUGGAGCGUCAUGGCGCCGUUUCAAAAUCGGACCCUCUGCCCGAGCAAGCAAAAUUUGACAUAUUCAAGGAUGCUGUUGAUUGCUAUGCAGGCUACCUCGACAGCGCGGAGCUCCAUGAGCUGAUGGCCGAGAGUAUUGCUGCCGAACUGAACGUAUCGCCCCAGCAGAUGCGGCAUGUUCUGUAUGAAACCUUUCCAACUGCUUCUGAGGACAAGGAUGUGGUGCAGGUUGGACGAAGCCGCCUGAAAAAAGUCGCCACUCGCCGUCGACAGACCAAGACAGCGCCUUUUGCAUUCACCAUUUCGGCCGGCAGGACGCUGGAUCGGAUCGCAGUGUGCGCGGAUUGCUCUGAACCGUGCCUCCUGGUUGGUGAAACUGGCGUCGGAAAGACAACUCUGGUGCAAUAUGUUGCAAACUUGGUAGGCCAGACACUUACUGUGAUCAAUCUUUCACAACAAAGCGAAGCUGGUGACCUGAUUGGGGGACUGAAGCCUGUAACAGUCCGAUCUCUGGUCCUCCCGAUUGUUGAAAGGUUUAACACCUUGUUCGAUGAUACUUUCUCUGCGAAGAGAAACGAGAAAUUCCAGACAGCCCUCGCGAGGGCAUUUGCGAAACAGAACUGGACGAGACUGCUGAUUCUGUGGAAUGAAGCUAUUCAAAUGGCGGCAAACUCUCUCAGCACUGCAGAACAUGCCCAAACUAAUGGAUCUGUCCAUGCCAAUAAGAAGCGCAGACUAGACACACCGAGAUACGAAGUCUUGCGCACGAGGUGGGUUGAAUUUGCUGAAAGUGUGAAGCAGGUUCGUGCCUUUGUGGACCACAGUGACAAGACGCAUACUUUUGCCUUCGUCGAGGGCAGAUUGGUGCAAGCAGUCCGUGAAGGUGGGUGGGUGCUUUUGGACGAAGUCAAUCUGGCACCCUCAGACACUCUGGAUCAUAUCGUCAGUCUACUACAUAACGGGGAUGAAGAGAAGCCGUCAUUACUUCUCACCGAGGCAGGUAACAUCGAGACCAUUAUUGCUCAUCCAGACUUUCGAGUUUUUGCUGCGAUGAAUCCUGCAACCGAUGCAGGAAAGAAAGACCUCCCACCUGCCCUGAGAUCACGAUUCACCGAGAUAUAUGUCCCCUCUGGUGACGGCAGUCUAGAGGACUUGGUGAAGAUCAUUCAAACCUAUCUGGGAUCCCUGCUUGAUAAUGACAAACGAGCUGCCCUUGAUCUGGCGAACUCGUACCUCGAGCUGAAGAAGCUCAAUGAAGCCCAUCAGCUUACCGAUGGGGCAGGCGACACACCGCAUUUCAGCAUUCGAUCUCUCGUUCGGUGUUUGUUAUAUGUCUUGCAACACAGCGCAAGCCACGGGCUUAGACGUGCCAUGUACGAGGGAUUCUCGAUGAGCUUUUUCACAGUCCUGAGCAGAGCAGCCGAAAAUCUAGCCCUGGCCUCGCUUGAAAAGCACCUUUUCUCCGGUAUCAAGAACCGCAAAGCAUUCUUCAGCCAACAGCCCAAGAUGCCGCAGAACGGAGAGGACUACAUUGCAUUCAGGCAUCACCUCGUCAAGAAAGGCCCUGCAGCUCCAGACUUCCAACCACAUUAUAUCAGAACACCCUCCGUUGAGCGCAAUUUACUCAAUCUGGCUCGCGCCACCUCCAUGCGGCGCUUUCCUAUUCUUCUACAAGGUCCGACAUCGGCUGGGAAGACGAGCAUGGUGGAGCAUCUCGCAAAGUUGUCAGGGAACAAGUUCGUCAGGAUCAACAAUCAUGAGCACACAGACCUUCAAGAGUAUCUGGGCAGCUAUAUGUCAGACACCGACGGCAAACUCGUAUUCCAAGAAGGUGUCUUGGUGAACGCGCUGCGUCUUGGACACUGGAUUGUGCUCGACGAAUUGAACCUGGCUCCAAGUGAUGUGCUCGAAGCUCUGAAUCGCUUGCUCGACGAUAACAGGGAGCUACUCAUUCCAGAGUCUCAGGAAAUCGUGCGUCCACAUCCCAACUUCAUGCUCUUCGCCACGCAGAAUCCGGCUGGCUUGUAUGGAGGACGCAAGCGGCUGUCACGGGCCUUUAGAAACCGCUUCCUCGAAAUCCACUUUGACGAUAUUCCAGAGGAUGAAUUGGAGAUAAUACUGCGAGAACGAACCCAGAUUGCUCCGUCGUUCUGCACCAAGAUUGUCGCUGUUUACAAGAAGCUGUCUCUUCUCAGACAAUCCUCCAGAUUGUUCGAGCAGCGAAACAGCUUUGCCACACUGCGAGACUUGUUUCGAUGGGCUUCGAGACCUGUGGAUGACUGGCAGCAAUUGGCACAUCACGGCUUCAUGCUCUUGGCUGAACGAGUAAGGGAACCUGCAGAGCGCGCUGUGGUCAAGAAGAUUCUCGAGGAAACUAUCAAAAUUGUCAUUGACGAAAGCGUUCUGUAUGGCGUUCCGCGGAUUCCGAACACCGUUCAGCACCAUGAUUCGAUUGUGUGGACUCCAGCGAUGAGACGAGUCUUUGUUCUUGUGUCUGAGGCAUUGAAGAAUCACGAACCGGUUCUCUUGGUCGGCGAAACUGGAUGUGGAAAGACUCAAAUCUGUCAAGUGAUUGCCGAAGCGUCUGGUACGCCGCUCGACAUCUACAACGCACAUACGAAUACUGAAACCGGUGAUCUUAUUGGUUCUCAGCGACCAAUUCGUAACCGUUCCGAGCUUGCCAACCAUGUACGGGCAAGUUGGAAGGACUUGGUCUACUCCAGACCUGAUGGCACUUUGGCUGACAACCUGGACCUUGACGAGAUCGUGGAGGCGUUUAAGGGAUUGGAUAAAUCGAGUUAUGAUCCCAAGCUCGUCGAGCAUCUCAGGGCUAGCAUCGGGGCAUACGAAGCUUUGUUUACUUGGAACGACGGAAGCCUCGUUCGGGCGAUGAAAAAGGGUGAAUAUUUCUUGCUCGAUGAGAUUUCGCUGGCCGAAGACUCUGUUCUUGAGCGCCUGAACAGUGUCCUGGAGCCUUCCCGGACAAUCUUGCUCGCGGAAAAGGGCUCUGCUGACAAUCUCGUUGUCGCGCACCCAAGAUUUCAAUUUCUCGCCACAAUGAAUCCAGGCGGGGACUACGGGAAGAGAGAGCUGUCGGCGGCACUACGAAAUCGACUGACCGAGAUCUGGGUACCUCCUUUGUCUGAAGAAGCAGACCUCCUACCUAUCAUCGAGAACAAACUAAGGACAGGGAAAAUGGACCUGGCCAAGAAGAUGCUCCAGUUUGCCGCCUGGUUUCGUACCGAGUUCCAUAAUGCGGCGUCCAAGAGUAUCGCAUUGCGAGAUCUGUUGGCCUGGGCAGACUUUAUCAAUCGGGCUGAGUCACUGGGCGAAGAGUCGGCUUUCGUGCACGGGGCUUUCAUGGUCUAUAUUGAUUCCAUUGGGGCGAAUCCAGCUGGGAUGACCUCCAUGGGUACUGGAGACUUGAAUUGGUCAAGGCAAAAGUGUCUCAAUCACUUACAAACUCUGGUGAGUAUCGAUGUGGUUGAGAGCUAUGAACAAAUUCCCCAACUUUCGUCUACAGCUGAACACCUACUUGUUGGCCAAUUCUCUCUUCCUCGAAUCAAGAAUUCGCAGCUGCAGACAACCGAUCUCGUCUUCAACGCUCCGACUACCGCCAAAAAUACCAUGAGGAUCAUUCGCGCUUUACAAAUGCCCAGGCCCAUCCUCUUGGAAGGUAGUCCUGGCGUGGGCAAGACGGCAAUAGUGACAGCGCUUGCCCAAGCUUGUGGGAGGGAGUUUACUCGAAUCAACCUGUCCGACCAGACAGACCUUAUGGAUUUGUUCGGCGCAGAUGCUCCCUCCGAGAACGAGGGAGUAGGGAAGUUUUCAUGGCAAGACGGACCUCUCCUCAAGGCCAUGCAGUCCGGUGGAUGGGUCUUGCUCGAUGAAAUGAACCUGGCAUCUCAAUCCGUUCUGGAAGGACUGAAUGCCUGUCUGGAUCACCGUCGAGAAGUAUAUAUUGCGGAGCUGGACAAGUCUUUCAUCUGUCAUCCGGAUUUCACCCUGUUUGCUGCGCAAAAUCCUCAUCAUCAAGGUGGAGGUCGGAAAGGACUUCCGGCUUCCUUUGUCAAUCGAUUCACCGUCGUCUACGCGGACUCUUUCCAGCGCGCGGAUUUGGUUCGCAUUUGCGAGUCCAGGUUUCCACAGGUCGAUAGCGAAGAACUCGAGAGUGUGAUUAACGUGGCCUCACAGCUGGAGCAGGCCAUUGCUCGAAACCCAGCUUUUGCGCAUGGAGGGCCUUGGGAAUUGAACCUCCGUGACGUGAAUCGGUGGCUUCAACUAUGCAAAGAGCAGCCGAUGAUUCCCUCGUCCUAUCACCUCCGUACUAUCGUGACAGAACGUUUUCGCACGCCUGUCCAAAGAGACCUCGUCCUCAAGGAAGCUGGAUCAGGCUACACUUCCACAACACCUGAGAGCUAUUACCACAACAUGACUGAAACUCUUAUUCAAGUUGGCAAUGCCUUUCUACCCAGGGAUCCCGUUUUGCAGAGCACUGAAGCGCCAAACACAGCUCCGUCGGCACGCCAACUUCCCGCCUCAAAUUCUAUCGUGACCGCUGUUAAACAGAACUGGCCGAUCAUCGUGGCCGGUCCCUCUGGCUCUGGAAAGACAACUCUAAUUCGUUAUCUCGCAGCUGCAGCGGGAGUCGAGCUCAUCGAGUUCUCAAUGAACUCGGACGUGGACACGAUAGACCUUGUUGGUGGUUUCGACCAGUACGACCUCCGCCGUGACAUCAGCAGGUUCCAGACCAAAGUACGAGAAGCGCUCCGAGAACGAAUCGCGGCGUCCCUGGGGAAUCAAGCUGAUGAGGAAGGCCAAUCUCAACUGCUGAGCCUAUGGCGAUUCUUCGAAGGCGAUGACAUAGAGGUCCCUGAACUUCGGGCAGCGAUAUUAGAUUUGGCGUCUGUAUUGCCGGAACUUCGAACACAAGUCGAAAUGAUAUCAAGGAUCCUCAAUUCAAGUGAUCAUCAAAGCUUGCGGUUCGUAUGGAAUGAUGGCGUGCUCGUCGAUGCUGUCGAGAAGGGUUCGUGGCUGUUGCUCGAAAAUGCCAAUUUGUGCAACCCAUCCGUUCUGGACAGGCUGAAUUCAUUGCUCGAACCAGGUGGAUCGCUGGCCAUUAGCGAGCAACACAGUGGGAGCACCGGUACGAGGAUCAUUGAGCCGCAUCCGAAUUUCAGGAUAUUUCUGACAAUGGACCCACGCUACGGAGAGCUUUCGAGGGCGAUGAGGAAUCGAUCGCUCGAGGUCUUUAUGCCUGAUAUACAUGAGAGCCAUGAUGUUGCUGCUGUCCAGUACCCGGUAGCUUCUGCCCUCACCCGCUUGCGAUAUUUGUCGGAAGUUUCUGGUCAAAUUCGACAAGAUCACAGUGUCGAAGCCGCGGUUGACAAUCUUGAUCAAGCAGACAUGAUGUUGGUCUCAGACGGGAAUUGCCCCAUACCUGCUUCUGAUCCUGACCAUUUACUGCAACAAGAGAUCCAAAAGAGAAGUCUACUCGAGGUGGAAAGCGUGUAUCAAACCUUUGCUUCUCUGGGUCUUUCUACAGACCACCGAUUUCCGCAAAUGAUUGUGCUCAACGAGCCACUGGUCUUACUUGAAGCAAUUUCCAGGGAUGUGCUCUCAAAGUCUUCGUUCACAGAGCUGUUUACCAGGUACUGGUAUAUCACACGGCAGUUGGCAGAAAUCAGUUCGAUCAUGUCGAACGCAUCAAGUAGAGCAAAAACUCUCGCUGUCAAAGACCAAACCAUCCUCGAGCGAUCAACCUCUGUCUCAAAGAGAGAAGCAGUUGGGACAGUGCCCAAAAUUGCGGCAUUUGGCAGGCUUGUGAUUUCAUCAAUGUCAGAAGUCAUUCGCAGAGAGAUCCAGAUGAUGAGCAAUUUGGACAUGCCAGAAGUAAUCGCACAGAUCCUCACUUUUGCCCAAGAGCUCAUACUCCUUUGGAACACAAAAACGAGCGAUAUGGCUGCUUUCCAGGCAUAUCUACAAAUCGGAGGUGACUUGAUGCACCGCGUUCAGCAAGAGUCUCCGGAGAUCUCCUCUCAGUUCUCGUCCUGUUUGCAGGCUUUAGGGGACCACAAUCCAAGACCGAAGACUGGAUUCGGACUGCAGCUCAUGUGGCCAAUAUUCCGCCCAAAGACAGCAAGCACUUGGUCACAACUCAACUGUCAGAUUCAACUGGAAGAGCUCAUCGGGAGAUUCGAUCUCGCCUGUCGCUCAUUGUCACAACCUCGAAGCUCACUCUCGGGUCUGAGGCGCAGACUGCAAGAUGCGUAUGUGUCCGUUAUCGGGUCAGAACAAUCAGAAACCCUAAUGCUGGAUCUUCAAGAAAUUGUGUCAAGGCUGCAGGAGCAAUCUGCGAAGGGAUUUCUUCUUGAAGGAAAAUUUGAGAACGUCAUCAGAUUCAUAUACCAGGCAGUACAGUCGCAGAAGCGCAUUACGGACGAGACAUACCUGGGAAACCUAGCCAUGUUCAUACACCAGUCCGAGAGACCGUCACUUGCUCUUGGGCCCGAGAUUUCUGUGCCCACUUCACUGGCUCGCCUUGCCUCCCUAAAUGCUGAUAUUCUGGUGGACGAUGGCUCGAUUGGAUUGCAAUUGAGUGCUCAGCUUGCCUCAGCCCAACAACAGCCUCUCGGCACCCUAAGCCAUGCGAAAGAAGAACUACGAACCCUGACGAAAGCGCUGGCAACCCACACAUCUUUACUUGGCAACCUCGUCUCUCCGUUGAAGGACGACCUCCUCUCAGUUCUGGAAGGCCUGAUGUCUUCCUUCCAUGCUCUUUUGACGCCGGAGGGAAGGUCAUGCUUUCCCGAACGAGGUACAGCAGACAUAUCUCAGCUAGCCACCAUGUCAAGCAACGAUAUCUUUUUGAAGGGGGCCAACGGCGAGAUUCUCAGCCAAGUGUACGACAGACUGAUUCUCCCUGUCGUGCUGCAAUUACAGGUCGGAGAUGAAUCUGGUCCUCAGCAGCUCAAAACAUGUCUUGUUACCUUGUCCCUCGCUGGCCUCAUCCUCAUGGUACCAGAUAGGGCCUUGGACCCUGCAACAUACCCGAAGAUCGUGUAUCAUCUCCAUGAACGCCGACAGGGCGAGCUGGUUUCCCGAAUCGAGGGGCAAAGGCAAUUCCACCGGCAAAUGAUGGGAACGGACACAGCUCUUGUUAUCCGGAUCCUGCAACAAGAGCUCCUCAAGUUGGGUACCGUCUCCCCACCCCAAGCGGUGGUAAGGCCAGGCAACGACGAACUCUUCAAGCUCCAGGAGGUCUUUACGAGAAUUGUCGCUGUCGUUUUGGACUACCAGGGUACUCAGGGACUGCGACCGGGCAGUGCGGAAUGGAUCGAGCAAUGGUCUAGCCAACAAGGAAUGUCAAAUCUGAGGACCAUCAUUGAACGACUCGAGAGCUCCCAUCGAGCGUUCGACGACUUUACGAAGCCGAUUCUAUGGUUCUUGAAAUGCCUGUAUCUUGCUUUGGAGCUUGAGAUUGGGGAGAGAAGCCGAACCAGCAAACCGGUAGCUCUUCACGAACUUAUCGUCAGUACUCCUCUAUUGGGUGAUAACCCUGCUACUGUUCAACAUUGGAAACCCCGUCAUGCUGCAUCUCCAGCAGUGAAACUUCACUGGCUGGAUUAUAUCGGAGUGAGAACUGCUCUAACAACAAAGGAAGAUGGUCUCCUCACCGAGGAGUUCCUCAGGGUCAUCGACAGCUAUUACUUCGAAUGGAAAACUCGCCUGACUCAAGACCAAGCCGACGCUGCAACGAGGUCUCGCUACUACACUUACCGAGGGGACACCUUUGACGACGAGGCAGGCGAAAGUCGCGAAAUGAGGGAGAUGUUUCCACAAUUUGAAGACGGAGAUGACGACGUGGCCGCUGAGGCGCAUCAACAAGAAUUCAACGCUCGUGCUACGGCGACACAACUCAGUACGCUCCAUCAGAAGAUCUACACCAGACGAAACCCGCAGGAAGCCGUCGAAGCAUUCAUUCUGUCUACCUUGGAGCUCAUGCCCAAGAUCCCUGGGGCCGGCGGGGCCACCGAACAUUCGUUUCUCGACCUUCUACCAGCCGUCUUUCUGCAGCUGCAAGCAAAAAUGGACGAGUUCGCUGGCGACAACAGUGCCCGCGCCUUCAACAUAUAUACCGACUCGGACGUCAAGCAAAGCCAGAAGCUGCUGGAUAUGGUGCACGACAUUCAAUCAAGGUUCUACACGAUCCAGGAGAAAUGGCCUGAACACGCAGUCCCUGCCGAGGUCCUGUCAUUUUGUAACGAAGUCCUCCGUCUGAGCUUCGGUGAUCCCAUCGCCAAACUUCUAACCAAGACAGAGAAGCUGUACGAGAUCGUGUCGCAAUGGCAAAGUAUUGCUAGCAGGGAGUGGUCGGUUAGCACACUUGUCGAGCAGCUAUCGUCACUGAUCAUUAGCUGGAGACGUCUGGAGCUCCUGUCUUGGUCAAGGCUACUGGAUGAAGAGAGGCGUAAACACGAAGAAGACGCCCAAGCCUGGUACUUCAUCGCCUAUGAGGCUGUCAUCCACAACUCCAGAAACCUGGACACCGAGGAUGGAGGUUUUGUUUCUUAUCAACGACAUCUGGUCGUAACCCUGCAGGAGUUUCUCGGAUCUGCGACGUUGGGUCAAUAUUCGGCCCGCUUGCGGCUGCUCGACACGCUCAAUAAGACCUUGCAGUGCAUGGCAGGCACCCAUCAGCACCUCCAAGCGAUCACUGCCUGCGUACAAAAUGUCAUUGAUCAUUAUCGUCGGUAUGAGGGUGGUGUCGAGGAUAUGUUGCACAAAGGUCGUGCUGGACUCGAGAAGGCUUUGAGCGAGCAGAUCAAACUGGCAAGCUGGAAGGAUACGAACGUCACAGCUCUCCGUGAAAGUGCACGUCGAUCGCACCACAAGUUGUUCAAGAUCGUGCGCAAGUAUCGUGCGCUCCUCAACCAGGGUGUUGUAUGUUCCGCGCCUGAAGACUCGAAGCAAGGUUCCCCAACAAGCGGCGUGGCAGAUCUUCUCGCGCCUCGCUACGACCAUGAGCUAGUCGCAGAUGCACUGGGACGAUGUCGUCUGCUGAUCGAUGAUUGGACUUCACGACCUGAACGUCUUACGCAGCCGCUCGGCGCAGUGAGAAGCAUGCAGCAUGUGUACAAGUCAAAGGAAUCUGGAUUCCAAGCGCACAUGGAGAUCGCCUCCUUCCGAGAAGACUUGCUUGAAGCGUCAAAGCAGUUGAGGACGCAGACUCCAUCAGCAUUGACAGAGGACAACGCUUCGUUUGUCCGCCACCUCCAAGAGGGGAAGAGAAGACUGCUCGCCGAUACUCUGAAAGCAGUUGCGCACAUGGGAAUCAGACGAAAUCUCCCGACCUCUGAGCUUGAGCGGCAAUCGUCGUGUGCCACGAUCCUCGCGUUGGUGGCAGGUUCACCAGUGAGUCCACAUGGGUCAGCCGAAUCCGAUGCUAACGCUUCGUUCCACCAAUUGCUCGAUGUCAUGCCUGAAGUUCGCGCAGCUCGGACGGAUCAUUCCGACGACCUCACCGAAGGCGAAAUCAACCGCUCUGUUGGCCUUUUGGAAGGCUUGCUGUCCCUAACAAUCCGUCAGCGGCAAGUCAGUCCACAGCAAGUUUCCGACACUGAGGGAUUGAGCUCUCUACUGUCGAUGCUCAGAUCCGUGGUGUCAUCUUCGUCUGGCCAGAUUCUGCGAUCUACCGCUUCCGCUCACAAUAUCGACUUUGUGCUAGAACGCCUCGCGUGGCUCGCAGAGAUCUUGAAUAUUGCCCGUCGCAUCUUGACGUUCCAGGCAGAACAAGGAGAGUUCGACAUCAAAGGCUGCUUGGACUCACUCAGCUCUUACACUACUCAGAUCAAAGACUUGAGACUCGGUCUUCUUGGUUUGCCUGCAGCACCCGUGGGGAUGGCGUGGGAGACGUCACAGGCAUUGAUGGAAAAGUUUCGCGACCUCGUUUGUCAACUCAGGUCUUUCCUCGUGGAAUGGCAGGUCAGCAAGCCUCGUAUCGAGUACCUCAUGCGCAAGAUCGUUCCCUGGACAGAGACAAUUCCGCAACCGACGACGAAUGGAACACAACUUUCUCUGGCGCAUUUCUCUGUUCGAGAGCUGGACCAGAACCUAAAGGACGUGGUAGAUCAGGUUUUCGUGGCAAUGCAACGCCUGUCUUCCCUGCCAUUGGAGAUGCCCAGCUCGGAGGAAGACCAGGGAUGGCUCUCGAACUCGGACAAGCACAUCGUCGAAGCACUGCGCGUGCUGCAGCUGAGCACUAUCAGCAACCGCCUCGAGGUAUCAGUGAUGCACAAACUUCAGCUCCUGGCGCCCGAGGACUUUGAAGCCGCCAAGAACUUGUUACUCGUGGCAAUGCCAGUCUUGGACCAGUAUUACUACAUAUGCGAGCAUCUCCAUCAGCGGCAUGUUGCGCUGUACCUGGAGACGUCCCGCCUUGCCUUGCAGCUGGCCAGGUCUUUCACGUCGAUGGCAAAACAAGGGUUCUGUCGUCCCUCGGAGCCUGCAGAUGGUGAGGAGCAGACAGGCAAACUAGAGUCCGGGACCGGGUUAGGGGAAGGAGAAGGCGCCGAGGAUAUCAGCAAGGAUGUCCAAGAUGAUGAAGACCUGUCUGAGCUUGCACGCGAAGGGCAGAAGGAAGAGAGAGACGGAGAAAUAGAAAAGACAGAAGAUGCGGUUGACAUGGACAAUGAGGACCUUGAAGGUGAAACGGGUGACUCUGAUGAGAAACACUCGGACCGAGGUGAUGACCAGGACCAGUCAGGUGACGAGGAGCAAAACGAUAUCGACGAAGAGACCGGCACUGUUGACGACCUUGACCCCAACGCUGUGGAUGAGAAACUCUGGGACGACCUCAAGAACGAGUCGGAGAAAGAGAGGGAGAUGAAGAAUGACAAAGCCAAGGGGCAAAAAUCAGAUGAUCAGACUGCAGGAGAUGGGAACCGGGACGAAGGAGACGACGUGGAAGAUAUGGAGGGGCUAGAGGAGGAGAUCGACCAAGACGGCGAAGACCAAGAUGAGGGAGGAGACCAUCCUGAAGGCCAACAAAUGGACGAACACGUCGAGGAAGAGAAGGCUCUGGACCUUCCGGAGGAACUGCAGUUGGCCGGUGACGAGGAGAUCAAGGACGAUGAUAUUUCAGAUGAUGGCUUGGAAGAGUUGUCGGAUAUAGACAACCCGAAGGAGGAAGUCGACGGCGAUGGUUUGGAAGACGCUCAGGAGACUGAACAGCAGGAGGAUCGGUUCGGUAAAGACACCGACGAGAAUGAAACCGACAAAGGAGAAGAACAGACCGAGAAUGGGGUGGCUCAAGACGAUGAGAUUAUGGAGGACCAGCCCGAAGCAGAGGGAGACGAAGAGGAGGGCGAUCGUGACACUCGAGAAGACGACACGGCUCACGAUGUGGAGGAAACCGCUGGUGGAGAGUCCGGAGCGGCAAACGAGGUCCAGGAGAACGUCGAUGCCGAACAGAACGUCGAGGGUAUGAAUCAGGCUGACACGGAGCCAAACCCACAACAAUCUCAGCCCGGCAAGGCGACGGAAGAUGAAGAACAAGGAAAGACCGGCACGGGAGCCUUUGAGCGCGGCGCCGGACGGGCAGAAGAUCUCGAGUAUCAGCAGAACCAAUCCUUGAAGCAGUUGGCGGAUGUGCUCGACCGAUGGCAUCAGCGUCGCGAAAUCCUGCCAGUAUCGGAAGAGCAAGAACGGGCAAACGACCAAGGAGAUGUGGACAUGGCAGAUGUGGAUUUCGAGCAUGUGCGGGACGAAGAUGAGGGCGACGCACAGGCCCUUGGUGCCGCAGCAACAGAUCAGGCUCAAAAUCUCGACCCCAGCAAAGCCAUAGAAGACGAAGACGCGCCCAUGGACGAGGAUACAGCCCUUCCGGACGUUUUGGAACCGGAGGUGCAGGAAGAUAUCGCGGAGAGAUUCAGCCGUCUCAAGGCCCAGGCCAACCCAACCGGAGAAGCGCGAGAUGGAGGUGCUUUCGUGCCUGACCAUCAGCCCCAGUCGGGGGAAUAUGACGGACAGCCAGAUUCUGGCGACACAGCAUCUGAAGAUUCAUCGCCUGACAUUGAACACCUCGAGCUCCGCGACGGCGACCAAGCACAACCGGCUCCCCUUCCAACAAGCAGCUCCAACGCCGCGCAGCUUUGGCAGCAGUGUUCGGCCAGCACGCACCAAUUCUCACUCGUGCUCACGGAGCAACUCCGCCUCAUCUUGUCACCUACGACGGCCACGAAGCUUCGCGGCGACUAUCGCACCGGGAAGCGGCUCAACAUCCGCCGCAUCAUCCCUUACAUCGCGUCCAACUACAAGCGGGACAAGAUCUGGAUGCGGCGCUCGGUGCCCAGCAAGCGCAACUACCAGAUCAUGGUGGCCGUGGACGACAGCAAGUCCAUGAGCGAGUCUGGGGCCGACGUCCUCGCGUUCGAGACGCUGGCGCUCCUCACAAAGUCCCUGGCCAUGCUCGAGGUCGGGGAGAUUUGCGUGGUCGGAUUCGGCGACGCCCCAGCCAUCACGGUCGCGCACCCCUUUGGCCAGCCCUUCUCGCCGGCCGAGUCGGGCCCCCAGGUCUUUCGCUCGUUCAGCUUCGAGCAGCGCGGCACGGACGUCAAGGGCCUGCUCAGACAGAGCAUCCGUCUAUUCCGCGACGCGAGGACUCAACGGCCAGCGGGCAGCAGUGGACAAGAGCAGUGGCAGCUCCAACUGAUCGUCAGCGACGGGCACUGUUCCGACCACGCCGGGAUUGCGAGAUUGGUCCGCCAAGCGCGCGACGAGGAGCGCAUCGUGAUUGUCUUUGUCAUUGUCGACGCCGGCGACGAAAGUAUCCUCGAUCUCAAGGAAGCGGUGUUUGAGCCCGAUCCCAGCCACGACGUGUUGGGUGGUGGUGCUCGCGGUGGUGCCGGCACUUCUUCAGGCCAAGGAAUCGGCGAAAUGCGAGUCCGCACAAAGAGAUACCUCGACGGGUUUCCUUUUCCGUACUAUCUCGUCGUCAGGGACGUCAGGGACUUGCCGGGUGUGUUGGCGACAGCGCUCAAGGGGUGGUUUGGGAGUGUCGUCGACGUGCAGGGGUGA